AUGAUUUCUACUAAAUGGUUUGCAAUGAAUAUUUUAUUGCUCAACUUCCUUCCAAUCCUCCCCUCUUCCACUUCCAUUGUCAUUGGCUCUAUAAAGCCAAACCAACCCAUGAGAGAUGGCGAUGUUCUUCUCUCUAGUACUAAAAUCUUUGCACUUGGGUUUUUCAGCCCGGCCAAUUCUCGUAACCGGUAUGUUGGAGUUUGGUACAACAAAGUUCCAAACCAAACCAUUGUCUGGGUUGCAAACAGAAACAACCCCAUAAUUCCUGUCACUGAUAAUAAUGCCUCUGGAGUUGGACUUCUAGCUGUUCAUGGAAAUGGAGGCCUGGUCAUCUAUGGGAAGGACCAAAAUACCCCUCUUUGGUCUGCUAAUGUUUCAGUCUCUUCGCCAAACAAUUCCAUGACUGCCAAGCUUUGGGAUACGGGAAAUCUUGUUUUGUUUGAGGAGGACAAUGGUCUUAGCCAAAGGGUAUUGUGGCAAGGCUUUGAUCAUCCCACAAAUACGUUGCUUUCAUUUAUGAAACUUGGGCUGGACCGGCGUUCCAAGUUGAAUUGGUUUCUCACAUCUUGGAAAUCUAAAGAUGAUCCAGGAACCGGUAACUAUUCGUAUCGGAUCGACCCAAGUGGGUUUCCACAGGCCUUUUUAUACAAAGGUCAAGCUCCGCGCUGGAGGGCCGGGCCGUGGACCGGAGAGGGAUGGAGCGGUGUGCGCCAAACGAGAAAUGAUUUCCUAUUCAACAUUAGUUUUGUGAACAAUCAAGAUGAGGUAUCCCUUGUGUAUGGUAUCAUGUAUAAAUCAAUCUCCUCGAGAAUAGUGCUUGAUGAAUCAGGAGCCGUUGCAUGGUCCGUGUGGCAUGAUGAAAGGCAACAAUGGAUCAAGUAUUGGUCUGCCCCAGAAGAGUUUUGUGAUGAAUAUGGGAAGUGUGGUGCCAAUAGCAAUUGUGACCCGUCCAAUAUGGGUAAGUUCGAGUGCACGUGCCUACCCGGAUACGAACCCAAGUCGCCACGUGAUUGGUAUUUGAGGGAUGGGUCGGGUGGGUGCGUGAGGAAUAACGGAGUAUCCAUAUGUGGAAAUGGGGAUGGGUUCAUGAAGGUGGAACGUGUAAAGGUACCCGACUCAUCUAAGGCACUUGUGAGCAUGAAUUUGAGUUGGAAAGCAUGCCCGCAUGAGUGCUUGAGAAAUUGUUCUUGCAAGGCAUAUGCAAAAGCAGAUGAGAGAUGGGGAGGGUUCGGAUGCGUGACAUGGCAUGGGGACUUGAUGGACACGAGAACAUUUUCAAAUGCUGGCCAGGAUUUGUAUGUACGAGUUGAUGCAAAUGUGUUAGCUCAAUAUGCAAAGUCAAAUGGUUCACUUAGCAAGAAGGGAAAACUGGCAAUUUCUCUAGUUUCUGUUCUGGUGUUCCUUCUUCUUGUAGUUCCCGUUUCUUAUUGGUUGGUAAGGAGGAAAAGAAAAGAAAUACAAGUUGUGCUGCUAAUGAAACAAAGGCUAGAUAGAUUACCUGCUCUGCAUUUGAUGGCAGGUAAGCAAAGACAAAAUAAGUAUUCCCCUAGAGUUACCACAAGGUCAACCUACUUUGAAGAUUCUACUGCAGAACUUGAUGAAAGUAGUAUGCACUCAGACAUACCAUUCUUUGAUCUAACAACCAUAGCGGCGGCCACGGACAAUUUCUCUCUUGCAAACAAGCUUGGAAAGGGGGGUUUUGGCUCAGUCUAUAAGGGUGUGCUUUGUAAUGGUAAAGAAGUGGCAGUGAAAAGAUUAUCAAAACAUUCUGGGCAAGGAAUUGACGAAUUUAAGAAUGAAAUUGUGCUGAUUGCAAAACUCCAACACAGGAACCUUGUCAGGAUUUUAGGUUAUUGCUUUCAAGAUGAAGAGAAGAUGCUAAUCUAUGAAUACGUGCCAAACAAAAGCUUGGACUCUUUCAUCUUCAAUGACACAAAAAGAGCACUUCUAGAUUGGACAGUACGCUUCGGGAUCAUAUAUGGGAUUGCUAGAGGGAUCUUGUAUCUUCAUCAAGAUUCAAGGUUAAGGAUUAUCCAUAGAGAUCUAAAGGCCAGUAAUGUUCUACUGGAUGCUUCUAUGAACCCCAAAAUUUCAGAUUUUGGUAUGGCUAGAAUUUUUAGGGGAGACAAAAGUGAAGCGAAUACAAAUCGUGUGGUUGGAACAUAUGGUUAUAUGUCUCCAGAGUACGCAAUGGGAGGACAUUUUUCAGUGAAAUCUGAUGUAUAUAGUUUUGGAGUUAUACUCCUAGAAAUCGUUACUGGCAGAAAAAAUUCUGGUUAUUACCACGACAAGUAUCCAGACGCAAAUUUGGUUGGACAUGUUUGGAACUUGUGGAGAGAAGGUAGAGUCUUGGAAAUCGUCGAUCCAUCUCUGGGUGAAUUGUACCCUGUCAACGAAGUUGUGAGAUGCAUCCAAAUUGCACUCUUGUGUGUGCAAGAGUAUGCCACUGACCGGCCAACCAUGUCAGCAGUUGUUUUCAUGUUAGGGAAUUAUGAUGCAGCAGUUCCUUCACCAAGACAGCCUGCAUUUUUGUUACAGAGAACUUAUGCUGCUAGAGACCCAUCAACCAAUACAGAAGGAGCUAAGUCUAUGAAUGAUGUUACAUGUACUAGUGUACAAGCUCGCUAAA